CCGGCGACGUCACAGUGGGCCGGUUGAGCCUUCCUUCGUUCGAUUCAGGCAGGCUCUCUAUUCAUUUUACAUGUAGCAAGCAGGGUUGCGGGCAGUUCAGACAUGGGAAGUGAGCAUUACUGCCUGAGGUGGAACAAUCAUCAGAGCAACUUGCUGGGUGUGUUCAGUCAACUACUGGAGUCCGAAUCGUUGGUGGACGUGACGCUGGCGUGCACGGAGGGACCGUCAAUACGUGCGCACAAGGUUGUCCUCUCCGCGUGCUCCAGCUAUUUUCAAGCCUUGUUUCUUGACCACCCGAAUCGCCACCCCAUCGUCAUUCUCAAGGACGUCCGUUUCUCCGAACUGCGUACCCUCGUUGACUUCAUGUACAAGGGUGAAGUCAACGUCGAGUAUUGCCAGCUCUCGGCCCUUCUCAAAACCGCUGAGAGCCUCAAAGUCAAGGGACUCGCAGACAUGACCAAUAUCAACGCUGCAGUUGCGUCUAGAGAUGAUCAACAACAGCAACAACAACAGCAGCAGCAUCUAAGUCCGGACAGUCUCAGAGAAAUGAGGGGAGAGACGCGAGAAAGAGACAAGGACAGAGACAAGGACCGCGAUAAAGAGACCCCCAAAGAAUCUGACCAGCAACAGCCACAGACGAGGGAUCAGAGAGACCGAGACCGAGAUCGAGAAAGAGAGCGAGAACGAGAACGGGAACGAGAACGUGAGCGCGAACGGGAACGGGAGCAACAACAACCUGUUUCUCAAGUAACCAAUAAUAGUGAUAGCACGGAAGCCGUUGACAUGACUGAGUGUCCGGCCUCUCCAGUCAGAGCGAGUAGUCCUUGUCCAGGUCCUCUUGCGCUAGACCGGCCGCGGAGGGACUCCGAAGACGCUGUUAGUUUAGAAGAAACGAGAGGAUCUCUUAGUCCUAUUUCCGUGCACAGUGGACCCAGCGAUAUGAGUAUAAGUAAUAAUAAUAAUACUGGCACGCCCAGUGGUUUGCCAUUAAAUCUACCACAGAGUCGACUUCCGUCCCCACACAGUACAGAACCUCUUGCAGGACCGUCAGGAUUACCUCCGGUUCAACAAGUACCACUUUCCUUGAAAAAAGAGGUGGACUGGGAAAGGUCGACUGAAGAGCGUUGUGCAAGCAGCGAAAUGUCUGCAGAUUAUAGACUCCCACCAGAUCCGGUGAGUCUUUAUUCGAUGUCAUUGGCCCUAGGUCUGGAAGCAGGUGGCUGGGGCGCACUAGUGGAACGUAGUUCUAGUGGCAGCUUGAGCCCACUUUUACCCCACGGUUCGGGUGGAUUCGCCGCUGGACUAGCGUCUUUAGCACGUCGAUGCGGUGUCUGCUUAGCGACCUUUCCAUCAGCCUGGCUGCUCGAGCGUCACGCAUUGCUUCAGCACGCCGGCCAGCCAAAUGACGACAAGCCCUUCACCUGUGAGCAGUGUGGGCAACGAUAUCGCUACCGUUCGGCCUACGUGAAACAUCGGGAGCAAAACCACCGAGCACGUUUGCCCGCCGACAAACUCUUCACAUGUGAUGUUUGCGGGAUGCAAUUCAGGUAUCUUAAGUCUUUUAAGAAACACAGGUUGAAUCACGCGUUGGAGAGACUUCAGCGAAUCCCGGAGCAUCAUCGAGGCAGUAUUUCUUCAAUAACAUCAACCGCCGCGGCUGAGAGAAGUGACCAGGUAUCGAGUACUGGUGAACCAGUCCAGCCCGAAACGGGAAGUGACGUCGCGAGUUCUAUGGACGACCGUGACGAACCGCGUGAUAGUUUAGAUAAUAAUCGAGACGGUGUCAAUACUAAAGAAGAAGCUACAUCUGAAACUGCUAGUGUUCAGGGGCAAGAUAGCACUGAAACAUCAUCGCUAGCCAGCGGUACCCGCGGAAGAGGAGUCGAAGUCGACGCAGCGGAUGAAGGUAAUGUACAUCAAACGACACAGGAUGAUGAUCGUCAUGAGUCUACUACUGAGCGAGUUAUUGCGGAAAUAGUACGAAAUCAUGAUUCAGAUAGACGUGAAAGACGUUUCGCUUGUCCAUUCUGCGGUAAAUGUGUACGGUCUAAAGAAAAUCUAAAGCUACAUGUCCGUAAGCACACGGGUGAACGACCGUUCGUUUGUCUGUUUUGUGGCAGGGCUUUUGGGGGUAAAAGCGAUCUUACGCGACAUCUGCGUAUACAUACGGGUGAACGACCUUAUCAUUGCGAAAUGUGCGGCAAAUGUUUUGCACGGGCUGAUUAUCUAUCCAAGCAUCUUACUACGCACAUUCAUCAACGCUAAUUUUUUAUUUUUUUUAUUUUGUUAGAAUUGGGUAGAAAGAGUUUUUCGGUGGGAAAAGCAGAUGAUCUUCCGUACGCGCUAAUAUACAUAUAUAUUUAUACAUAUAUUUGUUUGAUAUUUUUUUAAUUUCAAAUUACCACCAUUAUUUUAAGAUGAAUUUUAUUUUUUUCUACAAUAUCGUUUUUAAUUCGGGGUGUUGGAAAAAAUUUAAUUAUUUUAUUUCAAAUUUUAAAUCUAUAAAAACGCAAUACCAGUUUAAAUCAAGUGAAACUGAAAAUAUUUUAUUUGUUAAACAAAAAAUAGUCGGACAUUUUUUCCAACACUGGGAAUUAAAAAAGUCAAUGGUGCUAUUUUAUUAAAGAAAAUUAAUUUUUUAAAAAGAUUUUCAAGUGAAGCAGAGACUAAAAGUUUUUUUUAAAAAUAAAAUGCCAUCCUUUAAAAAAUCCAGCCAGUGACCCACUACGAUGUGUCAAUUACCAAAGAAAACGGGCUAUUAGCAAAUAUCCUUUGAAAAAAAUAAAGAUCGCUAGUAAAUUUCAUAAGGACACUAAAAUAAAUAAAUAAAUUACUUAAUAAGAUUGAUGAUUGAUAAGUAUGUAAUAAAGAAAGAAAAAAUGAUAAAUAGACGCGUAUGUAUAAUAUAUUAGACCGAUAAAAAAUAAUAUGUUAUGACUAGUGAGACAUAAUUUGUGAUAAGGACUGAAAUACCAAAGAAUGCGCGGGAAAGUUAAGAAUUUUCAAUGAUGCUAACAAAAUAAUUAAAUAAUUAACCUAUCUAUCGUUUUUUCGUUCCAUUGCGAAUUUUAUUCGUCAUUUACGAGUGAUAUAUAUGUUAUAUAUAUACCAUAUAUGAAUAUAUAAUUAAUAAUUAAUAAUUAAUAAUGAGUUUAACUGAAUGACAGGAAGAAAUAAAAAAUACUUAAAA